AUGGAUGGUCCGAAAAAGGAGGAUGAGCGAGCAGACGCAGCAGACGACGAAGAGAAGGAGAAUGCAGCAGAAAGGCCUGAAGAGGCGGUCGUAGAAGACGGAGGGGAAGCGGUGGAGAACGAUGCAGAGGACGGCGAGGCGGACGAGGCGGAGGAGGCGGACGGAGGCGAGGAACAAACGGAGGAUCCCGCAGGCGAACAAGGUGACGACGCGGGACAAGGAGAACAGGGAGACGGAGAGAGCGGAGAGGUCUCAACCGACGGAAGGGAUGAAGAAGCGAGGCCUCUUCUAGCGUCGUCGGCGGAUUCAGCAGCCGCGGAUGCAGCGACAGUAGCAUCCCCGCAACCAGCCGCGGUGGCGGAGGAGAGCUCGGCGGGCGGGGGGUGGGGCAGCUGGGGAGGCGGGUGGGCGGCGGCGCUGUCGGUAGUGACGGCUAUACAGGAGGUGGCGACGGAGGUGACGGGCGAGAUAUCUCACGCCGCGACCGUUGCGGCGAAGGAAAUCAUCGAGACCUUCGAAGACGUGGAGGGACAGGUAGCGGCGGAGGGGAAAGGGGAGGGGGAGGGCGGCGCAGGGGCGCAGGCGCAGCAGAAGACAGGUGGAGACUUGCCGUUGGACGGAGGGGCGCAGCAGGCGGCAGCAGUGGGAACGGCGGGCAAGGGCGAGGGCGAAGGGGGCGAAGGGCAAGGGCGUGGUGAUGGUGCCGGUGGUGAUGCUGCUGCUGCUGCUGCUGCUGGCGAGUCUGGUGGUGGGCAGGCGGAGAGUGCGGAGGGGGCAGGUGCAGAGGCGGUGGUGAGACAGGCUCCUGCUGUGGUGAAGGCGGAAAUAGGGGAUGGUGGGGGGAGCGCGGGGCGGGAGAAGGGGGAUGGCGCACGUGGCGGCGGAGCAGAGGCGGGGAGGGACGAUGUGGAUGAUGGCGCAGAGAUAGUGGACCCGGACUUCAAGGCGUUUGACGAGUCCAUGGAGAACCUCACAUCAGGCGCGCUGCACGUGCUGGGCACGGCGUGGAUGGGCGGCCUCUCACUCGUGCACCAGUAUGAGGAGACGUCGUUUGACCACUGCAUCUACAUCUAUGGCGGCCCUGAGCACCUGGAGUCGCUGGAGGCCCUGGCGGACCAUCACACGGUGGUGUGCAUACGAGCACGCGGCAAGCUGCCUGCAGAGCAGCGAGCGGCGUUUGACGACGCUGUCAAGCACAUGCAGGGCAUGCUCACGCUGGGGGAGGAAAAGGAGGAGGAGGAGGAGGAGGAGGAGGGGGAGGAGGAGGAGGAGGAGGAGGAGGAGGAGGAGGAGGAGGAGGAGGAGGGUGAGGGAGGUGCAGGGGAGGAGUUGCUGGGGAUAGAGGGCAUGGAAGAGGAGGAGGAUGAGAUGAAUGUGCUGAGGGAGUCGAGUGUGAGCAAGGCACAGGAGCUCGCCAGUGGGUUCCGAGCGAAGCUGAGUGCGGAGGUGGCAGUGAAGGAGGCGGUGCAGCGCACAGUGGACCGCCUCGAUGCCCUCCGCACUGAGGGCGUGCAUCGGCUGUCGGAGCUAUCAGCGCUGUGUCUGCUCCACAUGCUGCACAUCGCCAACUCCUGCAUUGCCUCGCCGGUGCCCAAGGAGGGCGAGGCAGCAGAGGAGGAAGACACGGGCUCGUUCCGGUGGCCGGCAGGGAGGGAGGAGAGAGCCAGGCUCGUUGUCGCACGUGCACGCACGCUGGCCAGGGGGGCCAGGACAGUCAUUCGCAGCUUUCUCAAAGGUGUUGCUAAUGUGGAGCAAGCCUUCCAAAGCGUCAGUGCAAGGAGCACUGCUGGGAAUGGUUCUAAGAAGGGCGCAGCAGAAGGGGAAGCUGGUGGAGAAGCAGCGGCGGCGGCAGUAGCAGAAGCGGAGGCAGCAACAGCAGCUUUGGUGAGACGAGUGGAGGUGAAGAAGGGCAGUGUGGCAGAAGGAUUGGUGGCAGAUGGGAAGGCGGCACGGGAGAAGCUGGAGAGUGCCCUGCAGCACUUGGUGUAUGUUGUGAUUGCUUCGUCCCUGGGGCUCACUCACGCAGCUUAG